UUUGUCAAGCUUCUUCGUUUCCCUUCCCAUUGCGUUGUUGAAAACAUGAAAGCAUAACCAUCAUCAUCAUCAUCAGCAUCAGCAGCAGCAUCAGCACACGAUAGCGACAAGUGUACCCUUUUUACUGUACCUGCUGACUACGUUUUCCAAUCGUGCAUUGCGCGAUACCCUGUAGCAGCCAACAGCUCACGUCGCUGGUUCGCUGAAUCCAGCUGCCUUAAAUCCAUCACACUUCCCCACUUCCCGGAAGCUACGAUCUCUGCCUUCGAAGACUGAUUGCAAUAAGGCUGUGGCUGGCUAUUGUUUGCUUUGGAGGAUAAGAUAAUUUGCAAGCGAGUGAGUUCCCUGCAUCCAAAGGAAAAACCGGGAACCAGAUGUGGAAGUAGUGGUAAGGAUCGCACAGAACAAUACGCUAGAAAGGAUAGCUCGUCAUAGCGAAAGAAUACCCCUGGAACGGAUUGCGAACCUUCGUCGUUAGCCAUCAGUGCAGGCUUCACAAUUGACAAAUUACAAAUGCCCAGAGGUAAACGUCGUCACGCCAUAGACAUGAGGCCCAGUGAAGAGGACCAACAGUCGACCAAAAGGCAACGAAAUAGUUAUCAAAGCUCUAGGCGUUACAGUAAAUCGGAAGACGCCUUCAGUCAAAAGCGAUGCCUUGCCUGGUUCCGGGAGUACACCACACCGGAUGAUACGGACACUUUAGGUCCGGAAGGAAUGGAAAAGUUCUGCGAAGACAUUGGCGUAGAGCCGGAGAAUGUGGCAAUGCUUGUGCUGGCGUACAAGAUGGGUGCCAAACAGAUGGGCUUCUUUACGCAGAGCGAAUGGCUGAAGGGUUUGACGGAUCUGCAGUGUGACACAGCCUCUAAGGUGCAGUGCAAGUUGGAGUUUCUAAGAAGCAUGCUUAAUGACCCGAACUCGUUCAAAAUCAUCUACAGAUAUGCGUAUGAUUUUGCAAGGGAUAAAGACCAGCGUAGUAUGGAUAUUGACACGGCGAAAGCAAUGUUACAGCUACUACUCGGGAAACAUUGGCCACUCUACGCACAAUUUGCCCAAUUCCUGGAGCAGUCCAAGUACAAAGUGAUCAACAAGGAUCAGUGGUGUAAUAUUCUAGAGUUUUCCCGCACCAUCUCCAACGAUCUAACAAAUUACGACGUCGAUGGAGCUUGGCCCGUAAUGCUCGAUGAGUUUGUAGAAUGGUUAAGACAAUUAAGAGCACAGGCAACGAUUAGCUGAGGCUUGCUGCGUUAGAAGCCGUGUUCCGCCGGGUGUCAGUUGGCACACGACUGCACCACAACAAACCAGCAGACAAAGCAAACAACAAAAGCUUAUACACGUUAUACACACCCUCCACCAAUCUAUUCUAUCCAAUUGUAAUGCCUCUCUUUUUUCAAAUUCAGAAUUCAGAAUCAAAACGCUCGUUGAAUCUCGCUCCGCUCAGAGAGCAAGAGAUGCCAUGGAACACAAUACGCACAAUUGCGUUCCUAGGUAAAUGUAAAACGCAAAAUGAUGUCAAUCCUAACGUAAAUUUUUCCCACAUUCAUGACACAAUACUCUGUGUUGCGGACAGAAAGUGAUACAUUUUUAUAGGGAUCAUUUUCUGGUGUUGGAUUGGCUCUUUUCUACUGUAGAUAUUUAAAGACGGAUUGUAUUCGUGUGAAACAAAUUACUAUAUUAUGCUGUACAUUAAUCAUGGAACGUUCCACGUUCUAUAGCACUUAAUGUUUUGUUUUACCUAUGUUUAUCUAUGGUUUGUUUUUAGCAGACGCGUUUAGCUUCAUGACAGAUUCUAGGGCAAUAUUGUUUCACUACUCCUCUCUGUAUCGCGCAUCGCAGCGUAAUUAGCCUCAAACGAAACCAAAAAUAGUACACAGCAUGGUUAGUUUUUUUUGUCCCCCGAACACACAAUACAAUCCAACUUUCUUUUUGAACAAUGCAAUAUGAAUGUUUUGAUAGCAUAGCAUACAAACGGAAGGCUAUCUAGGUGAAGGAAAAACGGAACUGAAGUGAACUGUGUGAGUGAGUUGCAUGUAUGGAAUGGAACAAUAAACGAAAUUGUGAAUGAUAGAGGAAGCAUCCCGGCGAGGGUUCGGCUCCAGUCGAAAGUUAAAGCAAAACAAAUCCACAACACUCCCAAUAUGUCCAUAACGAGUGUUGGAGUAAACAGAAGACGAAGACACGAAUCCUGCAAUUCUGCAGGUUAACGAUUUUGCUUCACGUGAGAGUACACGGGAUGCUCGUGUCCGGUUAGAACGCAGGUACAAAAACUGGCUCUAACGAACUGAUAUUCCAAUAACACUAAAGAGUCAAACGAUGGUGGUGAUGAUGAUGAUGGUAACACAUGAACCGGAUACUAACAGGUGACCCCCGUAGGUUAAACCAGUAAUCAAACAAUAGAAGAAAUGACAAUUAUCAGAAGAAGCAAAGAACACUCACAUAAACAUAAAAUAGUUCGUUAUCGAAAUUCGGUUUAGCGCUCGUAACAUGGUUUUUGGCAACAUAACUACGGAAAUGAUAACAUUCAUGGUAAACAAAAAUCAUUAUUAUCACUAUGGCAAGCAACCACUAUACUCAACAAAAUCAAACUAACAGUAACGCAUGAGCAAAAAAUAGAACGUACCGAGACAACAAAGGCGAAGAAACUCGGGCAAUAAAUAAUACAACAUAAAAUAAAAGUCCAAACAUAC